UGCCGUCGCACUAGCUGGUGGUGGGCGCGCCGGGCUUGGGAACUGUGUCUGCGCUAACGUCUUCUCUGCGCUCGCCGGUUUGGGGAAAACUUGCUACUUUGACUGCACUAUGACACUGGAAGAAAUCCGCGGGCAGGAUACAGUUCCGGAAAGCACAGCCAGGAUGCAGGGCGCCGGGAAAGCGCUGCACGAGCUGCUGGUGUCGGCGCAGCGCCAAGGCUGCCUUACCGCCGGCGUCUACGAGUCGGCGAAAGUCCUGAACGUUGAUCCUGACAACGUCACUUUCUGCGUGCUGGCCGCCGACGAGGAGGACGAGGGUGACAUUGCGCUGCAGAUCCACUUUACGCUGAUCCAGGCGUUCUGCUGCGAGAACGACAUAGAUAUUGUGCGCGUGGGCGACGUGCAGCGGCUGGCUGCGAUCGUGGGUACCGGCGACGAGGCAGGCACACCAGGCGACCUACACUGCAUCCUCAUUUCGAACCCUAAUGAGGACUCGUGGAAGGACCCUGCCUUGGAGAAGCUCAGCCUCUUUUGCGAGGAAAGCCGCAGCGUCAACGACUGGGUGCCCAAUAUCACCCUUCCCGAGUGACCGCCCAGCGGGGAUCUUGGUCUGAUCGACGUGGUGACGCCCCGGGGCGCCUAGAGCACUGCUGGCUCUGUGGAGUGGCCGGCCCUUGGAGGGCGCCCUAGUGCGGCGUGGAGGACUGGCAGGCGAGGGUGCCUGGAGAGCGAGGAGCGCGGUCUCCGGAAGAGGUGGCUGGCCGGCGGCGGCAGGGGCAAGCUGGCCCGAGCCGAGUACUCUGCAAGUGGAGCGGCUGCUCGCCCAGGAAGGCCGAGGCGGGGACGUUGGCCCCAGGGCCGGGAAGGACAGAUUGGCCCGGCAUGCGUGACUCAGCAGCCUGUGCUCGGCACCAAAGAGGGAGAGGCGAGAAGAGGUAGCCUGGACUUGGUACAGCUAUAGAAGCGUGAUGGACUUAGCAGGCUGCACUGCUUUUUUCAAAAUGGAUUCGGGCAAUGCAUUCUUUAAAAAAGGAAGCUGCCGUUGGAGCUUUGAAUUUUAACAAUAAACUCUUUGA